AGCCAUACCGGGGCGAUGUGGUGGCGGGGGCGCGCGGCGGGGCGGCCGGUGAGCGGGGCGGGGCGGGCGUUGGUCCGCGGCGGCGCUCCUCUCCUUCCCCGGCCGCGUGGACUCGGGGCGCCGGACGGGCCUGCGCGGCUCUCCCCCGCCUGGGCGGCGCUGCACCGGUCGGCGUGGCUGCGCGGGCUGAGCGCGGAGGAGGUGCGCAGGGCCCGGGAGGCCCGGCCGCGGAAGAGCGCGGGAGCGGCCAAGGCCAGGCCCCAGCUGAACGAGCGCGCCCGGGAGCGGAAGGUGCCUGUCACGCGCGUCGGGCGGCUGGCCGCCGUCGGAGGACUGGCCGUGGGGCUGGGCUUCGGGGCCUUGGUUGAAGCGGUGAGGAAUUCCCUCCGGGGGGACCGAAGCGCCACCGAGAGCAGCGUUUCAGAAGCCAACGCGGAGCGGAUUGUCCACACUCUGUGCAAGAUGCGAGGGGCAGCUCUCAAGAUCGGCCAGAUGUUAAGCAUCCAAGACAACUACUUCCUCAGCCCCCAGUUGCAGCAGGUCUUUGAGCGUGUCCGGCAAAGUGCAGAUUUCAUGCCACCCUCGCAGAUGAUGGGGGUGCUGUCCGAAGAACUGGGCACUGACUGGCGUGAGCGGGUGGCGUCCUUCAAUGAAAUGCCUUUUGCUGCUGCCUCUGUGGGGCAGGUGCACCUGGGAGUGCUGAAGGAUGGGAUGGAGGUGGCAAUGAAGAUCCAGUACCCUGGAAUUGCCCAGAGCAUCCGGAGCGAUGUGGACAACCUCCUGUCGGUACUCAGGAUGAGCACAAUGUUCCCAGCAGGUCUGUUUGCAGACAACACCCUGCAAGUCCUGCAGAAGGAGCUGGAGAAGGAAUGCGACUAUGAGCGGGAAGCCGCCAGCACCAAGAGGUUCAGGCAGCUUCUGGAAGGCGACCCUUUCUUUGAGGUGCCAGAGGUGGUGGACGAGCUGUCCACCAAGCGAGUGCUGUCUAUGGAGCUGGUGGGGGGAAUCCCGCUGGACCAGUGCCAGGAAUUGGGCCAGGAGGCUCGCAACGAGAUCUGCUCGCAGAUCCUACGUCUUUGCCUCCGGGAGCUCUUCGAAUUCCGGUUCAUGCAGACGGACCCAAACUGGGCAAACUUCUUCUAUGACAUGGAGAGACGUAAGGUCACCCUGCUGGACUUCGGAGCUAGCCGGGAUUUUCGCAAGGAGUUCACUGACCACUACAUUGAGGUGGUGAGAGCCGCUGCCGAUGGCGACAGAGAGAAAGUGCUUCAGAAAUCAAAGGACCUGGGAUUCCUGACUGGAUUUGAAAGCCAGGUCUUUGAGGAGGCCCACCUGGACGCAGUGAUGCUCCUGGGCACGGUCUUCUCGGGCCCGGGGCCCUUUGACUUCAGCGGCCAGGACACAACCCGCUGCAUCCAGGACCUGAUCCCCUUGAUGCUGAAGCACCGUCUGUGCCCACCCCCAGAGGAGAGCUACUCCCUGCACCGCAAGAUGGCUGGUGCCUUCCUCCUCUGUGCCCGUCUCGCUGCCACCGUGCCCUGCCGGGAGAUGUUCGAAGAGGCCUACAGCCAGUACACAAGCCGGGAACAUGCCGCCCAUUUGGCAGUGGAGCAGGGGGAGACCCCUUCUAGGCUGGGGUGAGGGUCUCGGCCCACAUCCACUUGGUCACGGCUGCUUUGGCACUCAGGUAGCCCACUGUGUCUGCAGGGUCUUCGGAGAGAUUAGCUCUCUGUAAGGAGUGAAGAGAAGGGGGUCGGUCUCCCGUCCCCAGCCUUCCUCCCCCAGGAAAUCCUGCUGCUUGGGCUGCAGGGGCCGAAAGCAAAGCCUGCCUUCUCUCUGCUGCAUUUCUGUGGGAAGCAUAGAGGGCUGCGGGUCUGUCAGUUGCCCCACAGGGAAAAGGAAACUGACUCCUGGGCUCCAAAGGGAAGAGAAAAUGGCCGGACCUUUUGUGACUCAGGCUGCACUCAGCUGUCAGUUGCUUGUCCGGGUGUCCCAUUACACAGCUCUGGAUAAACAACUGCUCUCUCGAUGAGUUGGGAUAUCACUCCCAUCAUCCCCAGCCAGCACGGACCACAUUCUGGAGGAACUCUACAGGAGAGCAGAGCAGGGUGUCCAGGCUGCCCUGCCAGAGGUGCUGAUGGCUCCCCUGCAGGAGCACCAGGGGCUGGCUGACCAGGCCCCCAACUCUCAAUGGAGGGGGAGGGAAGGAGCCGCCUUGCCUUCGAUUACAGCCCUUUCCCUUCCUGCCGGUUUGUCUCUCAAUACCUUUUGUGGUGGCUACUUGACCUCUGGGUUUGUGGAAGGCUGGCCAGGAGCCAGAAUAAAGACAACUGACCAUCUCGGUGGCUGUAGAUCAAGUGGGGCUGAGCCACCCCAAGGCUCCUCCACGGGGGGCCCAGCCUUUCUGCGCCUUUCUCCUUUUUUGAGCCCUUGGUUCUGAGUAUCACGAAGAGCAGUGAGAAGGGGGGAGAAAUCUCUGACAUCCCUCCCCAAGGGUUUUAAGCUGAGAGGCAGGUCCAGAGUGGCCCAGGGGAACGUUCCCACACGCCCAUGCUGGUGCUGGGAAGGCAGCUGCUCUCUGGGCCUGCAGGGCCUCGGGAGAGGAAGUAGGGGCUGAUGGUUGAUUGGGGAGGGCCCCCGGCUCCUCUUGGCCUCCCUGCUCUGAACUUUGGGGAGCAACUGUUGCCUGGCAGGGAGGCCCACAGCAGUUGUUCAUUUCCCUCCAUGCCUUCCCCUACCCAGUCAGCACUAGACUGCCAGCGUGGAAAGCAGAUCCCCUGGCAUCAUCUGGGGUGCUUUCGCCUUCUACGUGGCCAGAUCCACUGUUUUGUGUGUCCAGCACUUGGAGGCAGGGGCGGGGGGGGGGGGCCUCUCAGAAGCACGCUUGGGGCCUUGGGAGAGGAGUGGGACUUCUCCAGGUGUUGCCGGGCUCCGUCCUUUUCAGUUCAAGCAGCCAGGUGGCAUUUGCCCACUGGGGGCUCUGGCAUCAUGAAGUCAGCCCAGGGGGAGCCACAGUUUGGACCAGUAAGCUGACUUUGCUGCCUCCGUUUCUGCUGGGCCAGGAGCCGAUUGCUACUCUUGCAAAGAGGAAAUUGAUGCAUAGUUUGGUUCUUGCAUGAGAGAUGGAUCUUGCCGUCGGUGUCCAUGUUCAUUUGCCAAGUUUUGUAACCUUUAAAAAGUCCAUUUCAGAACUAAAUAUAGAAUUCAACCCGGUUCCAUUUCAAUGUCAA